UGUACGCGCUGGUUUAGACAAGCAGUAUGGCGGAAGAAGAGAGUGAAUUGGAGUUAGACAGGUUUAAGAAAGAACUGGAGACUUUGUUAAAGACUAGUGCAAACGACGAACGCGGACUUCAGAGCAAGACGUACUGUGAAAGGUUUUGCGAGUUGGUGGUGGAGCAAACCGGGCGAUGGCAAGUGCCUCUUCCCCAACUCCAGGUGUUGCGGAGUGCCCUGUGCUCUUUUGUCCAGGGUGUGGCAUCAUUUCCUCCGGAUUGUGAGCAUGUACGCUACACGCUGAGUAGUCUGGCCCUGAGUAUCUUUGAACUGCUGUUGUUCUUUGGAAAAGAUGAAUUCAUUGAGCAUCCUUUAAAAGAUAUUCUAGACUCCUUCCAGGACUGCUAUGCGAGCCUGGUAAGGCACCAGAAUGUUUACCUUCUGCAGGUUAGGCAUAUUAUUAAAGAUGGAGGGCCAUGGGCAAACCCUGUACUUCAGGCUAUUCUCAAGGAUUCAGAGCUACCACAAGAAGAUGUGGACAAGUAUCUGAGUUCAGAAGUAUCCAUUUUCUUUGAGCUACGUUUGCGAUACCUGGUGGCAUGUGAGAGGCUUCCGGAGGCCUUGGCACUGACAAGGAGAUGCAUCCGGCACUCUGUUGUAGGGAGGCAUCUCUAUUUCAAGCAAGCCUACCUCAUCUGCCUUCGGAGAGCUUCUCUUUGUGAGCGCUUGUACAAGGAGAUGGCAGAUAUCGAUGGGAAGGAUGCCGUAGAGAUACUCUGCAUGAUGGAGAAUGAAGAGAACGAUGAGACUGUUUUGAUGCUGAGUAAAGGCUUCCUAUCUCAGAAGCUCCAGAUUGGAGACAUGUACUACCUUUGGGAUUUGGUCUUCAUAUGGAGCAGACUCUACUUGCGGUUGAACCUUUCUAAACAGAACUUCCUAGAGGAAUGUAGAGGAAUGAUAUUGUCAGUCACCAACGUAAAAGCGAUUUUCCCAUUUAUGAAGGUGAUUUUGGCAGAGCUUGGAAAAGAUGGUCUUGGGAUUUGUUUGGAGCUUUGUGUACGAGCCUUGCAGACUGACCUUAAGAAUGAUCCAGUCACCAAGUCCCUCAUCUACAAAACCAUUGCAUACCUACUUCCUAAUGACCUUGAGGUCUGUAGGGCUUGUGCGCUGCUAGUUUUCUUCCUAGAGAGAACUGUUGAGUCAUACAAGAAUGUGUUCCUCCUAUAUACUCACCCUGAUCAAGAGUAUCAUGCAGACACCAGUCUUGUGGGUAACAGUGUACGCUUUGAGGUUCUCCAGAUCCUGAAAAAAGACCUGUACUUUGACCCUGAGUUCUGGAGCAUUGUCAACAUCGAGGCAAACUGUCUGAAGCUAAUGAGUGAUAAGGUCGGUAAAGCAGCCUUAUGUGAAAUCAUGCAAAAGGACAAGUGGAUUCCAAGUUACUGUAUGAAAGGAUAUUGUCAGUGUCACACAGACAACACAGACAGGACUAUAAAUAAAGCAGAGAACCAUACAAACCGAAAUGACCAGGAAGCAGAGUCAUUGAAAACAUGGGUUAAUUCUGCCUCAGAGGAAGCAUCCUCCAAACCUCCAGGCAAAAGGCGGGGGCGGAAGCCAGGGACACAUCUUGUUAAAGAUUCAGAAGCCUCUCCAGUUCGACGUUCAUAUAGGCAAUUGGACUUGGCAAAGAAUCACACCAGGCAACUUAAUAGCAGGCGUCAGAGACUACUUUCCCGACAGACAGAGAUGCACACUCUAAAACGCAAGGGCAGGAAACCACAAUGGCUUUUGGACCAGUUAGCUGCCCAAGCAGAAAAUAGUGAACCUCGACAGGCCAAGAAACCAGGAAGGAAACCAAAGCAGUCAAAUAUUUUGACGGAGAUUUCACUUGAGACAGCAAUCAGUGAAGUGACAAUGAAAUUUUCAUAUCCUGAUAAUGAAGUUGACCUCUCUUCUGAUGUUCAGACUUCACAGAUUUCCACUGAGACACUUAAUAUCACUGAAAGCAGUACUAACAAAAUUCAAGAGAAUUUGAAAUGGCCUGACAGUAAUGCGUCUCUUAUUGAGUUACUAUCAGCAGAAUCUACUCCAUGUACCAAAAAAGACUUCAUGGUACAGGAGGAGAUUGUUUUUCGGGAACAAGGCCUUUCUAUGGUUCGAAAAUUCCACACAUAUUCAAGACAAGCUGAAUUUGAAGGAAUAUCAGUUGACUGUAAAGUAAUAUCAGAUCGAGAUAAAGAAUUUCAUCUGGACCAUAAUGAAUCCAAACAAGAACCACAGUCUGCUGGGCAACAGUUUGAACCUACAGAGAGCUUGGGAGCUGCAACACAGGAUAGAAAUGCAGUGGAAAGCAUGGUUACACCAAUCCCAGCUGUAAAUGUGGAAACAACCACUCCAGUUGAAGCCAUUCUUGAGCUAGUUAAAGAUCCAAAAGUAAAUAGCGAGUUAUCAGUUCCCCAAGAUGCAGACACUAAAUAUCCAGACUAUGGUCCUUACAGUCCUAUUAGUCCUGCAGAAAAUAUUAAUGUUGAUGUUUUACCAGAAGUGACAACUGACACCAGAGCUGACACCAUUCCUGUACCGCAUAGUACGCCAGAAAACAUGACGGUUCUUCAUGAGGAUGCUCCUCCAGUUCUUACUAAAGAGACAAUGCUCCCUGAUGGAACAGUGGCUACUUUUAGUGAAACUGAGAUUGACACUCUUGACACUAAAAUUGUGCCUGAGAGGACGAAGGUGCCAGUGGUGCCAUCAAGGCCUGUGGAGACAUCGCCAGAUAUGCAUGCAGCUGCUGAUGGUCUAGUCUCUGACCUUAUCCCCGCAAGUGAUGCAAGUUGCCAGCUUUCAGUUACCUGCAGCCUUUGCAAUAAAGAAACCAAAAACCCACACAUUCUACGUCAUGCACUGUGGCAUCACCGAAUUGACAGAAAGUGCAUGUUCUGUCACAAACGUUACACUCAUGGGCGCAGCCCUUCAAUCCAUUUUAAAGUGCACAUUCAGGAACUGAAAAAGUCUAAUGGGCUUUUUAGUGAAACUGAGAAUACCACAGAGACUGCCUCACAAUGUGCCCAGAAGAGACUGUUUAAACGGGUGAAGAAUAAGUUUAGAAACCUCAAAAUGAGGUUAAACUGCAGUUUGAACAUCACAGAUUUGCACAAGGAAGGGCAAAGCACAGAGCCUAAGGUUAGAUUGCGGACAAGGUUGGUCAAGAAUUCAGAUCCUCUAAGUACAUCAGAUGAACAAAAGGAGAAGGUUUGCAAGAUGAAGACAAAAUGUCUAAGGAGGGUUUUAGCAAAGAGAUCUCAGCCCACAGAUGAGAACAAAAAGUUUUUCAAUGUGAAACUAGCAAGGAAGAGACCAAAGGCUAUGCAAGCAGAAACUCCAGAGGACAAACAGUUGGAUUCCAAUGGAAACUCAGCUCAUAGGGUAAAUGGAGUAAUCAGAAAGAAAAGGAAAGUUAAGAGUGUGCCUGAGACAAAUACCUCAAAUAAAAAAAAUCAGACAUCAUUACCACAAGAUAACAAGGAGAAAAUUAAGACAUCAUUACCACAGGACAACAAAGAGAAAAUUGAAAUAUCAUUACCACAGGACAACAAAGUGAAAAUUGAGACAUCAUUACCACAGGACAACCCAGAGAAAAUUGAGACAUCAUUACCACAGGACAACCAAGAGAAAAUUGAGAAUGCAGAAUGUGCAAAAAGUCAGAAAGACGGUGUCAAGGCUGAAUCUAAGAAUGUAGGACAAAGAAAAGACAAGAGCAAGUCAAAAAUUAAAAGAAAAGAUGAAAUUGUGAUCUCUAGGCUAAAAAAGAUGAUGAUUACUCCUGGAGACCAAAAAGAGGGUGGAGAAGCUAUAAAAAGGAGGAAGAUAACAAUUAGUCCAGAAGACAGUUCUGAGAAUCAGGAACCCAUAGACAAUAAUACAGAAUUUAAGGAAAUAAAUAUGGUGGGGUAUAAAAAUGGGUCUCAGACGAAGUCCAAACAGCCUUCCACACCAUUCCAGGGAAAAAGAACUGGUGCAUCUACACAUGUUAGAUGCCCUGUGGAGAUUUGUACAUUCACUGCCAAGUCAAUCCUUGUCCUUUCACAUGUGCUGUCACACCACCAUGGCGACAAGAAGGCGCUUCUGUUCUUUUUCAAUUUUGGAAAGGAAAAAUGUCUUUUCUGUUGCAGAAAGAUAUAUAAUCCCCAGCAUUUUUUUGACCAUGUGAUAUGCCACAGAGGUGAGCUGAAGUUCCCAUGCUACCAUUUCGGCUGCAAGGAAAGGUACCAAACACGUACAGAACUAAGUGAGCACAUGUUAGUCCAUCAUCCAUUGAGAGCGAUGUGCUGCUUUCCUGGUUGCUGUAUGCAAACUGAGACUAUUUUGCUCCUUUAUAAGCAUGAAAGAACACAUUAUAGGCUGGAUACAAAUUUGGGAAUAAAUUCAUUCCCCAAAGAUUCUGAACCAACAAGGCAUGGAGGCCCUCAAAUUCUGGAAGGUAGUAUGGAGGCAGUAGCAAAUUCUUCAGUCAAUCAACCGAUUCAGGAUGCAGCCAAGUGCAAGGGCCCUACAUCUGCAAAUCAAGAUGACGAUGAAAAGCCUUUGGUCCUCAAUAAAAGUUCUGUUAGCUACAGUAGCAAGAACCCUAGCCUUGUUAAUGGGCACAGUGAGAGUAACAAAGAAGUUUCUGCCAAAACUUCAGAGCCAGUCGUUAAAGAGAAGGAACCACUGGUUUCAGGAAAACCUGCAAAUAAACAAUUCAUUCGACCCCUUCCCUCAGCUUAUCUAGAUGAGUCGUACAUUAGCAUGCCAAAACGCUGGAAGGAACCCCAGGUAGGCUCAAAGUUAUUGGGCUCAGUGUCAAAGCCAGAAAUACUUCCUACCAGGCAACGUUGCUCUCGAUGUUUUGAGUGUUUCAACAGUGAGGAAGAGCUGCAAACACACAAGGAUAAAUGCACAUCCCUCUUUGGUUUUGAUUCGGAUGAUGAAAGUGCUACCUGAAGAGAAGCAGGCCUUUCUACUGGGAAAACUGCUAAAUGCUGCUGUAGGCCAACAGCGUUCUUACGUGUGCUGAACAACUUUGUCAGCAUCUCAAAACUGAACUAUAUUGAGAUCCACAUGGGAAACGAGUUAUGCCUCCUUGUAGUCUCAUAUGACCGAUCAGCUGCUUUAUUUUAGAGCAUAGGUCUGUUAUCUCGUUUAAAGUUCUGAUGUUGAAAAUUCUUUUUUUUUAUAAUUUUUUUUAUAUUUCUUUUGUUUAACUUAAUCAUCUGAUACUAAGCGUUCUUAGUAAAAUAGUAAGGUUGUCUUUCUAUAAAAUGCACAGCAGAUUCUUGUCAAUACUUGUCAUCGCUUUCUGUCAAAGAGCUUAGUCUGUUCUCUCAUUUUGGCUUGAUUUUUUUUUUUUUUUUCUCUCCAAUUCCUGGUAAUGAGAGGCAACCAUAACACUACAAGAGGAUUUGGUCAGUCUUUCUAUUCAGGGUAUAUACCUUCUUUAGAAAGCACAAAAUGUUAUGCUCAGUCUGGCAUUUAGUGGAAGGUUUAACUUUACUGUUUUGUGACAGAAGGUCUGGUGUCUACCAGUGUUACAUGGUUCUUUAUGAGCAGAAGUUCUGGAUAUAGAUUCAUAGGGCACUCAAAGUAUUGCAAGCACACUAUAAACAUUUUCUUUUCUUUUUUUAACCUUGAUAUGUGAACCAUUGUAAAUUCUCACUGAUUGCAUAUGUUGCAAAUGUCAUCAAGUUGCUUCUGUUUAAGUCAGUGAUCACUUGAGGAGAAUUAAAGACACCCAGUCUUUAAAUGACAGACUGACUUCUGUUGGGAUCAGAAGAACUGUUGGCUUAUAACAGCAAGCUGGUGCUGCUGGGAAGGCCUAGUCUUUACAACUUCAGAUAUCCAUGUUAAUGGAGGAGUGUACAUGUGCCACAAAGCCUCACCGAACAUUGUCAUGACAUAUUCUAAAGGACUGCUCUUUAAGCAACAAAAAAAAUAAAUAAAUAAAUACAUUUAAGGGGAGGACUAAUUUGUGUCUCAAAUAGAGGCAUGUUUAAAACUGUUCUAUUUAUGAGCAGUAACAGUCUUAUUUAUUUUUUUCUUUUUUUUUUGUAUCUUCUGUAAAUGUUUCAAGAGUGUAAAUUGUAUAUGAUUGGAUUGGGUCACUGGGUUUAUAUAUUGAGAGCUUUUUUGUCCUAAUUAAUAAACACAUUUUAGGGGGC